UGCAGUACUUAUGAUAGCGAAUGGAGUGGAUACUCGCUUGUGUUUCAGCAGAAGCGGAGCUUUUUCCUCACACGUGACACGUUGAAGAGUGUCGUACAGUGAGAAGGGGUCGGUAACACCUGGUGACGGAGCGGUGUGGACGGACGGACACACACACACACACACACACACACACCACGCUGUAAAGACACACCGAAGCGCUCCGCGCAGAGAAGUGCACGCGUUGCUGCUACCAGCGGUGACCAGGUGCGACCAGCGUGGGCAGGGCGGCUGCAGGAUGCGAGGGACCCGUCACGUGUAUUAGAGCGCGCGCUCGCGCUUCUCCUCUCGCCGCUCGCGGGUGAAGAGGCGGUCAUGAUGAUGGAGCACGAGCGACCGGCGCUGUCUUCGCGCUUUGUCCUGAGAGUGGCCGUGUGCGAAGUGACCCUCAGCAGAGCCUCGCUCACCUGGACGGAACUGGGCACCGAGAAAGCGCGCGCGUCGGGAGCGCGCCGGGACGCCCCCAGGGCCGGGAACAACUGCGUGCCUGUGUGUGAAAUCAUAGCUGCUCAAGAGGCCGAAACUGCCAUCCUGUCCAUAAACAAAGGAAGUGGGCCAAGUAUAUCGCAGGAGCUCUUUAGGGCAUACCCAAGUGCCUUCACAGUGUCCUACGUGGAGAGGGCAUCUCACCACCGCUGGCGCACCAGCGAUGUCACCUUCCGCUGCCCCAGUGCAGCCACGUGUCACCAGUGGGUCCAGACCAUCAGGGAGCACCUCGUAAUGCUGUCUGGCCGGCCCAUGCGUUUGCUGGUCUACAUUAAUCCUUACGGUGGGAAGCAGCAAGGGAAGCGGAUUUACGAGCAGAGGGUGGCCCCACUCUUUGCCCGUGCCUCCAUAUCCACCCAUGUGAUUGUAACCCAGUUUGCCGAACAGGCCAGAGACGAGUUGGCGAGCAGCGCUGACCUAGAGAAGUAUGAUGGCGUGGUGUGCGUCGGGGGCGACGGCAUGUUCAGCGAGGUCAUACACGGCCUGAUCGCUAGAACCCAGAGGGAUGCGGGCCUUGACCAGAACUGUGCUGAGGGGAAGCUGGCGCCCUGCAGACUCCGGGUCGGUAUCAUCCCUGCAGGGUCAACCGACUGCAUUUGCUACGCAUCGGUGGGCACCAACGAUCCUGUGACUUCUGCCUUACACAUCAUUUUGGGGGACUCCCAGCCUAUGGAUGUCUGCUCAGUCCACCGCAACGACAAGCUCCUCAGGUACUCCGCGUCCUUGCUUGGGUACGGUUUCUACGGCGAUGUGUUGGCAGACAGCGAGACGAAACGGUGGAUGGGCCCGGCUCGCUACAGCUUCUCGGGUUUGAAGACGUUUCUCUCACAUCACUUAUAUGAAGGAACAGUAUCUUUUCUACCAGCUACCGACAUCCUGGGGAGUCCAAGAGAUAAGACGAGGUGUAGAGCAGGGUGCCGCCUUUGUCGGCACGACGGGCAGCUCGCUUCGGAAGACAGACAGGUCUGCAGGACAGAUGAGGACAUCGCUGAGAAAGAGCACCAGGACAAGUGGCAGGUGGUCCACGGAAAGUUCCGGGCCAUCAAUGCCGCCACCAUGAGCUGCGCCUGCCCCCGCAGCCCGGAAGGGCUCUCGCCGGCUGCUCACCUAGCUGACGGCACCACGGACCUCAUCCUCGUCCACCGCUGCUCCCGCCUGGGCUUCCUGUGCCACCUGCUGUGCCACACUAACCGGAAGGACCAGUUUGACAUGGACUUUGUGGAGGUGCACCGCGUGCGCAGCUUCCGCUUCACGCCCAAGCAUGGAGUGAGCCGUCCAGAACCGGAGAAAAAGCACAACUCAAAGAAGGUCUUGCAACAGAUGUGUAGGGACCACCCAGCCUGCAGCGUCCCCUUCAACAGCAGCUGGAGCUGCGAUGGGGAGAUCCUUCACCAUGCUGCCAUUGAAGUCAGGGUGCACUGCGGGUUGAUCCAGCUGUUCGCAAGAGGGAUUGAGGAUCGGUCACCAGCCGAGCAGCUAUCCGGCCCCCGCGCAACCUAAACCAUGUUUCCGGCAACUUCCGAUGGAUUACAGGCACACGGAGCUGACCACCACCCCCUGCAUAGUGGGACGGAUACGCCUUUGUGCAGAUUCAGCCCUUACUUCUGCAUUCAGCUCCCGUGACUGCGCUUGUGCUUCUAUCUCGGGUCCAAGAAUUAAAGCAGAGAUUUAAGGAUCAAGUGAUCCUCGGAAA